AUGUCUGCCAACCUUGAUAAGUCCCUUGAUGAUCUCGUCGGCAGCCGUCGCCAGACCGCUCGCCACACUGCUCGUCGCCGUGGUGGUUCCCGCCGCGCUGCGACUAAGCCAUCCACCGUCGGAGGUGUGAAGAAGUCAACUAAGGCUGCUCCCAAAUCUGCUCACCCAGCCCCUAUCGCCCAGACUGGUUCUAGCAAGAUUCUUGUCAGCGGAUUGCCUUCCGAUGUGUCCGAGGCCAAUGUCAAGGAAUACUUCAACAAGUCUGCUGGCCCCGUCAAACGAGUCAUGCUCACCUACAACCAAAAUGGUACUAGCCGUGGCAUCGCCUCUAUCCAGUUCGUCAGGGCAGACACCGCUGCCAAGGCCACCAAGGAGCUCAACGGACUCCUUGUCGAUGGUCGCCCCAUGAAGAUCGAAGUUGUUUAUGAUGCGUCCCGCGCUCCCGCUAUCCCUGCUCCCAAGCCUCUCACUGAGCGCAUUGCUCAGAAGGCUCGGCCCAAGUCCGCCACCAAGGCCAAGGAAGAUAAGACGACCCCUGCUGAGAAGGGAAGCCGCCGCGGAAAGGGCUCUGCUCGCCCUCGUGGCCGCAACGCCGGCCGUGGAAAGCCCAAAACUAUUGAGGAGCUUGAUGCCGAGAUGGCGAGCGCCAACCAGGAUAUCGGCAUGGCCGAUGAGAUCUCCUAA